AUAUACCCUUUUGUCCCUUUUCCGUUGUUAUAACUUGUCUAUAUAAUAAAUCAGCAGGAAUCGAGAACCCAUAUCUUUCCUACACAAGUUGAAGUUGAAGCCCUCUUUUGAUUCUAAACAAUUUACGUGUCUGUCGAGGUGUCAUCCAGGUGUUUGUUAAAAGUCCCAAGUAAGAAUUUCAGUUAUUUCACCAAUUAUGCUUAAACCACCUUCAACAAUGCACCGGAGACAAGGAGUGAGUUUGAUUGUGGCAAGACGAUCUCUCUUAGUUUGUAUAUUCUCUAUUUCGAUGUUGGUUAGAGGAGGCAGAAUCUCAAAUCUUUAUGAAGAUCAAUCAAGUUCUUGUCAGUUUCCAGCAAUCUUCAACUUUGGUGAUUCGAAUUCUGAUACAGGAUCGGUGUCUGCUGUAUUUGGUCCCUUUCGUCUUCCUUAUGGGAUGACCUAUUUCCAUAAACCCUCCGGCAGGUUAUCUGAUGGGCGUCUAAUCAUUGAUUUCAUAGCUGAAAGAUUAGGUUUACCAUACUUAAGUGCAUAUUUGGACUCCAUCGGAACAAAUUUUAAACACGGAGCUAAUUUUGCUGCGAGUGGGUGCACCAUUCAGCCUGCGGAUGCUCUUAUGCUAAACCGGACUUUUAACCCUCUCACUCUUGAUGUACAACUUUCACAGUUUCAACAAUUCAAAGAACGGUCUUCCGAUUUGUAUCACCAAGGGUCGGUGAAAAGCUUGGACAUUACAGAUCGUUUUCCACGGCCUGAGGAUUAUAAGCGAGCCCUUUACACAUUUGACAUAGGACAAAAUGAUCUUCAUGCUGGGAUUAAAUCAAUGAAGGAAGAGCAAGUGAAAACAUAUAUCCCUACCAUAAUCAAUGAGUUUGUUUCAGUGGUAGAGAAACUUUAUCAACAAGGAGCAAGAACAUUUUGGAUUCACAAUACGGGUCCAAUCGGAUGCCUGCCAUUUUUUGUGAAAAACUAUCCACCAACUCCCGAAAACACGGACCAAAUCGGAUGUGUAAAGUCAUACAAUAAUGUAGCACAAGAAUUCAACAAAAACCUCAAAGAUAAAGUUUCACAACUCCAAAAACAACUUCAAGAUACAUUGUUAGUGUAUGUUGACAUUUAUUCGAUCAAAUAUUAUCUCAUAAGUGAAGCAACCACUUAUGGAUUUAAGGAUCCUCUCGGCCAAUGUUUAGGGCAAGAUGGUAAUUUUAGUAGAGCUUGUGAGAACCCAUUAGAGUAUAUUAAUUGGGAUGGAAUACAUUAUACAGAAGCAGCUAACAAAUGGAUAGCUAAUCGUCUUCAAGAUGGCUCCUUUUCUGCUCCAAAUCUUCCCCUCAAGAAAUCUUGUCAAGCCAUUUUAGGGUCCCAAUACUUUCUGUAAUUAAAACAUUUAAAUUGAAUGAAUUGAAAAGAAAAAACAUUAUUUUUCAAAUCUUAAAAAAAUAAA